UAUAGUCCAAACUUCUGAAUUCUGAGUUGUGAAGUUUUGAUGAAUUGUUGGUGAAUUGUGAUCGUAACUCUUAAUGCGAAUGAAAUCUUAAUGUUCAUUGACUGGGUUUUAAAAAUUUCAUAAGUAUGGGGACCGAAAUAGCGAUAUCAUUUAGUACAUUACGUGCUCAAUUAGAAAAUGAAAAGAAUAGUUUGUUUAAAAUAGAUGAAAACAUUAAGAAAAUUGUGCAAACGUCUGGUCGGUUUACAGAUAGAUUUAACGCAUCUGGAGACUACACGCGAGGUGGGGCACGGUUAGGCGGUAGGAAUUCCUACCCCGAUGUAGCCAAUAAUUAUAAAAUUGACGAUCAGUUAAAACGCAAACAUGAAACUAAGACGGUCUUUAGCAGAUUAUCUGCAAGGGUUCAUGACAGUGACGGUGAAGAUGAUGGUCCAGGACCAAAAAGAAACAAAGUAUCUUCAACUGUCAGCCGAGAACUGCCAACCAGAGCUGCCGUGCUACGGGCCCAGGGUGAUGAUGAACAGGCUCGGAAACGAAAUAGAAGAAUAUUUGGGUCUCUACUUGGUACCCUACAAAAGUUCAAACAGGAAGAGAUUGAAUUACAGACUAAAGAAGAUAAGAAAGCGCAAGUCGAAAGAAAAAUCGAAGAGCAGGCGAGAUUGGAAAAGGAGAGAGAACAAAAGGAGCGGAAGACAUUAUUUGCCGAGCGAGAGCAUAAAAAAGCGACAAUCAAGGCCCUUGAGGCUAAAAUGGCUCGCGUUCAGGAAUUCGAGAAAUGGGAAGCGUCACAGCAAUGCUUAGGGAACUUUAUACUGACAAAAGCUAAACCACACGUAUAUUGGUUACCAAAGAAGAUGUCAGAAAAAGCAACAGAGAAAUUGAAUUCAAGUCGAAAAUUCCACGAGAAAUACAUGGUGAGAAAACGCGAAGAAUUACAAGAAGAACUGCAACGGAUAGAACAAAAGUGUCUCAGACCGAGAGGUCCCGGUUUCAAAGAAAAUGUACAGGAGAAUCAGAUUAAUCGCCAAGAGAAUAGCGUUAAUCGUCAGGAAAAUAACGUCAAUCGCCGGGAAAAUAGCGUUAAUCGCCAGGAAAAUAGCGAAAACAAGUCGAUUGAGGAUAGUCAGGGCGGACGGAAGAGAGACAAGUUUGCUAUGGAUGUGGAUGAAGCUGGGGAGGAGAGUGAUGGUGAUGAUAGGCAUGCGGCAGAGGAAAAUGUGGAAAAUAAAGAAGCGGAUGAUAAUAAAAUGGACACCAGCACAGAAAAGCCCUCCGUCUCUGAUGCUGAUGAAACUAAGGCCGUCAAAGAAAAUGAAAAUGAUUCCGAAACUGUAAAUGAAACCGAAAUGAAAGAUGUCUCCGAACCUUAACAGAAUCGAACCUCCGUGUAACAAUUGUGCUAGAUCUUGACUGAAAUAAACUUUGGAAAAUCGA